GUGCGCUGUGCUGCGGUGGAGUGUCUCCGGCUGUUUGCAGGGAGGAUACUUACUGAAACUUUAAACCCUGGCACUGGUGUCAUGGAAUCAGUCACCUUGGAGGAUGUGGCAGUGGGGCUCAUGCAGGAGUGGGCGUUGCUGGAUGAUGCUCGGAGGAAACUGUGCAGAUACGUGCUGCUGGACAACUGCAGGACCCUGGCUCCCAGGGGGACUUCACCAUGCAAACCCAGUCUGGUCUCCCAGGGGGCACUGAGAGAAGAGCUGAGGGCAGUGGAACGAGGCAUUCUCUGCAGCACGGGUGAGGACUGGGAAUCUCAGCUUAAACCCAGAGGAUCUACUCCUGUGCAGGAUGCCUUGGAGGUAGGUUCAUCCCAUGAUUUGCAAAUGGGAUCGGGGCUGGACCUGAGGAUGCAGAUCAGGCCCGCGAUGGGAGCGAGGGGAGCACCUCCAACUCCAGAGGACCGGUCAGCCCCCCGGGAGUCACCUUGGUCUGCUGGAUACACAGGGCCAAAGGUGGCUGUGCAGAUUCAGAGGGUGGCCACGCCGGAGCCUGUGAGGGGCCUUCCUAACCUGCGGGUGGCCGGAGGUUGUGGUCUGCCCUCUCAGGACCCCGCCUGGCCCCAGGAGGUGAGCACAAGGGGUGAAGCUGUGGCUCCUGGGGUACUGACUGCCUGUCUACAGGAACCAGUCACCUUCGCCGAUGUGGCUGUGCUGUUCACACCAGAAGAAUGGCUGUUUCUGGACUCUGCUCAGAGAAGCCUGUACAGAGACGUGAUGCUGGAGAACUAUAGGAACCUGGCCUCCGUGGGAGAUCAACUCUGCACACCCAGUACGUUCUCCCAUUUGGAGCCAAGAGAAGAGCUCUGCAUCACCGAGAGAGGGCUCUUCCCAGGAGCCCAUGCAGAACCUCAACUUCAACCCCAAGACUCAGUUCCUAACCAAGAUGUUUUUGCGGGGAUUCCAUCCUUUGGCACGAAAGGGGAACAACCUCAGACUGGAGAAAAACUCUAUAAAUACAGUGAACUUGGGAAACCCUUCAACAGCAUCAAACCACUUUUUCAGUACCAGGGGGUUCAUGCUGGAGGGAGCCCCUGUGAAUGCCGAGAGAGCGGGAAGUCCUUCCAGACCGCUCACCUGGUGGUGCCUGAGAAGACCCGUAGUGGGGAUAGAACCUUCGCAUGUAACAAAUGUGAGAAAUCCUUCAGGUACAGCUCCGACCUCCUCAGGCAUGAGAAGACUCACACGGCGGAGAAGUGCUUUGAGUGUCAGGAGUGUCGGCAGGCAUUCAAGUAUUCCUCGAACCUGCGGCGGCACCUGAGAACCCACACCGGAGAGAAGCCCUUUGAGUGCAGUCAGUGUGGGAAAACCUUCACGAGGAACUUUAACCUGAUCUUGCACCAGAGAAACCACACGGGCGAGAAGCCCUACGAGUGCAAGGACUGCGGGAAGGCUUUCAAUCAGCCGUCGUCGCUGAGGAGCCACGUGAGAACUCACACGGGAGAGAAGCCCUUUGGAUGUGGCCAGUGUGGGAAAGCCUUCAGGGAACACUCGUCGUUGAAGACGCACCUGCGGACCCACACCAGAGAGAAGCCGUACGAAUGCAGCCAGUGUGGGAAGCCCUUCCGGACGAGCACGCACCUGAACGUCCACAAGAGGAUCCACACGGGGGAGAAGCUGUACGAGUGUGCCACCUGCGGGCAGGUCUUGAGCCGCCUCUCCACCCUUAAGAGCCACAUGCGGACCCACACGGGAGAGAAGCCCUACGCGUGCCAGGAGUGCGGGCGGGCCUUCAGCGAGCCCUCGUCCCUCAGGAAGCACUCGAGGACCCACACCGGCAAGAAGCCCUACGCAUGCCAGGAGUGCGGGCGGGCCUUCGGUCAGUCCUCGCACCUGAUUGUGCACGUGCGGACCCACACGGCGGGGAAGCCCUACGCGUGUAACCAGUGUGAGAAGGCCUUCCGGCACAGCUCCUCGCUUACCGUGCAUAAGAGGACUCACGCCAGGAGGGAGGGCAUCAGGAUGGGCGGCCUGCCUUUAUCAGCUUCGCUUCCCUUCCGUGGGCCCCUUGCUGAUUAACUUCCAGUUUGUGAAAAAUGCAAACUUUCAGGGCUGUAAUCAUCUCUCCUAGUGCUCGUUUAGCGACAUCACACCUUUCAAUGUGUAUUUUCAUUUUGGUUUAAUUCUCCAUAUUGUCUUAGUUUCCAUUCUCACUUAUUCUUUGAUGCAUGUGUUAAAUGGAAUUAGAUUUUUAAAUGACAGUUCCUGGGGAUAUUUUUAUAGAGGUGUAAAUCACACUGAAGAUGCAUAAGUCUUAAGUGUACAUUUGGAUGAGUUUGACAGAGGUAUACACAUAUGUGAUCCACACUCCUUUCAAGAUACUGUUCCUCUCAUUCUGGAAAGUUCCUGCAUGUAUGUGGGUAUUUUUAAAGUUGCCUUCCUGUUGUUGCUUUCUCAUUUAAUUACGCUAUGAGCAGAGUGUGUGGUUUUAUGUUGUUGAAUGUUAAGUAUUUGUGGAGAUUUGCUUUUAGGUCUAGUGUGGCAUGUCUUGCUACUUGCCUACCAGAUUUGUCCCUUCUUACUUACAAAAGCACCUAGGUUUUUUUCUGUUCAGACUGGGAAUGUGCAUUUUUAAAAAAAAAACCCUUUAUUCCGCUGUCCCUCUUGCCACCAGGGAGGCCACGCCCCCCAGUCCUGGCCAGUGUAAGUAUGAGACAUCAUUGGGUGUGAGUCCUGGGAAAGAUGUUGCGAAGGAAUGGUUUCAUUCAGUCAGAACCCUCUCCUUCUUGCCUUUUGUGCAAGCAGACACCAUGUCCAGUGCCAGAGGGGCCAUCCUGUGACCAUGAGAGUGAAAGCCAGAAGUGUGGCCAGAAGUCACAACCAUCCUGGUUCCCCAGUUGGCAUCUUUGUGUGGCUGUACCAGUCCUGGGCUGUUUAUUUCUGGACAUCUUGUUAUACGAAAAAGAUGUAUUUCUUACUGGUA